UUGUGCCCUGGCAGAGCCACCAUGAGCCAGCGCUGCAGGAGAUCCUCUGGUCUCUGGAAGAUCGUGGUGUGGGAUGAGGCUUUCUUCCAGGGCAAGAAGCACGAGUUCACUGCCGACUGCUACAGCACCCCCGAGCACGGCUUCAGCACCGUCCGCUCCUGCAAGAUCGAGAGUGGGGCAUGGGCAGGCUUCGAGCACAGCGGCUUCCAGGGGCAGCAGUUCGUGCUGGAACGCGGCGAGUACCCGUGCUGGGAGGCGUGGAGUGGCAGCAACGCCUACCACGUGGAGAGGAUGUGCUCCUUCCGCCCCAUCGCCUGCGCCGACCACGGGCACAGCAGGCUGAUGCUCUUCGAGCAGGAGAACUUCCAGGGCAAGCGGGGGGAGCUGAGCGACGAUUGCCCCUCGCUGCCCGCCCUGGGCUGGGGCAGCAGCUCCGUGGGCUCCUUCCUCGUCUGCUCCGGAGCGUGGGUCUGCUCCCAGUACCCGGGCUACCGCGGCUUCCAGUACCUCCUGGAGAGCGACAGCCCCACGGGCGAGUACAAGCACGUUCGGGAGUGGGGGUCCCACGCCCAGACGGGGCAGGUCCAGUCCAUCCGCAGGGUGCAGCAGUGA